AUGGCCUCCCGCCAAUAUAAUGCGAAUGAAGAUCGCAAUCUUCUAGGAAGCACCAAGUCCUAUUUCUAUCAUUUUGUGCGUCCAAGUCGCUCCUCUUCUCGAGAUGGAUCCUCCGAUCGAGAUACUUCUAGCAACAGCCAAACGACUCGCCCAAGAGCCGACCAGAGGACACGCGCAGAGUCUAAUGAAAAGGGCUCAGCGGUCUGGUCGAAGGAUUGGAUUCCCUACACAUUUACACAUGUGUUUCUCGGCGUAACGACUUUGGUUGCCCUAGCACUGUGUUUGGUUUCCUUUUUGUUAUGGUGGAGGUCUUCAACAAAUUAUGGACUAGGGCCCGAUGACGGCUCUUCUUUGCUUCUAUUUGGCUGGCGAUACAGUCCAACCCUGAUCGCAGUGAUAUAUGUGCAAAUGACGACGGUGCUUUUGCAAGAUGUUAAACGUACAGAACCCUAUGCACGAUUAGCACGGCCCGGCGGCGCUGAUGCCUCGUGCAGCAUCCUGAAAGCUCCGGGGGCUUGGUGGACAGCCUUAUACGAUGGCUUUGAGAAGAAGAAGAACGGCGGACGCAGUCCCAUCUUGAUCUGCGCAUCAAUCGUCAAUAUAAUCGGAUUUUUGGCUAUUUCCUCACUCUCGUCUGCCUUUCUUUUCUCCGAGGAGGUUGUCGUGCCGAAAUCCGUUGAGUUUUUUCGUCUAGCGCCGGCCGUGGGUUCGCCUUUGCCUCUCGAUGCGGAUCGUACAACGCACUUUCGAACCAUUGCAAAUCUUUUACAGAAUGUGUCGACUUCGCCUUGGAUUACCGAGAACUAUACAAUUCUCCCUUUCUGGCCGGAGGGAUUGGAAAUAGCGCCCGUUACUUCCCUGCCAACCAGUGCGACUCAAAAGUGGACGGCAGAGACGAUGAUGUUCAAGAGCGAUUUGACAUGCACACCAAUGAGUUUGGAAAGAAAAGCUAGUGGAUCUAUACAAUACGCGGAAGACUGGGCGCCGGUGGCUUCAAACUCGACGAUCUGGUCUUCUCCCGAUGGCUGCAGAUAUGGAAUGUCGGCCCCUUCAAACUUCUGGACUACUGGAGGUGGCAGCUGGUCUGACGUGUCUGAUUUCUAUUACGCUGAAUCUGCACUUGGUCAGGGUGGAGGUAUAGUCUCGAGCUCUAAUCAUACGUCGGAAUGUAAUGGGCGGCAGAUUAUUCUCGUUACGGAAUCAUGGGAGAUUGAGAACGCAGCCUUUUCGGCACAAAUCUGUGAUACGACGUAUUAUAUGGCCAAUGUCACGGCAUCCGUCGCUUUGACUGGUGAUGUUCCCGACAUUUCAUUUGACUCGAAUGAGUUUGAGCAGAAGAAAGUCACAAUUCCGGAUAGCGUGCUCAACACCACUGCCAUGCGGAAAUUGACUCUUGAUGCGAAUUGGCCUACUUAUAUGCUUUCUAUUCUGUGGUCAGGAACUGCCACGCUAGGAGGCCCAGCCGUUCUCCUCGGGGCACUCUACGAUUAUAACAUGACGACCAUGGCUAGGGACCCUAAUUGGGUGGCAUCCGCUGCUACAGCGAACCAACGAUACUUUGGUGAAGUGCUGCAGGCAGCGCUGACCCAUCAGGGUGCCUCUGAAACAAUACCUAUGCAGGGUACCCUCCAUGACAUUGAGACUCGAGUUGUAGUGCAAGUCGGCCCUGCGGUAGCUUUAGGUAUCCUAUUCGCCAUUUCUUUCUUUCUUUUGCUUGCUGUUUGGUGGUGCUCGCAACCCCGACAUAGGCCAUUGCACUUGAAGGAAGAUCCUGCUUCAACGCUCGGCGUGGCCACUCUAAUAGCACACAAUGGUCGAGCGAGCUCGGGAUUCCGGACUUUCAGACAACCGUCCGCGAAAGAUCUCCAUGACAGACUGAAUGGACAGCGAUUUCAUACCGACUCUUAUGGUUUGUCCCGUAUGAAUCCCUCGGAGACAUUGCAUCAUGAUGCCGCUCAAUCCAAAAAUGGGACACCAAAACUACUUCGCCUACCAUCCCUCAUUGCUUUGAUUAUAGUUCUGAUCGCAGUUGUGGUUGGAGUGUGCGUUUUGUGGCAUUUUGCUGUGAGUGUUGGGUUGUACGAGAAAGCCUUUGUCUACACAGUGAACAUUUCUUUCCUGGGCGACAGCUUGUCUUCGGUGGCACCUGUAUCAAUGAUUCCAACUCUGGUAGCCACGAUUAUUGGAUUGUGGUGGAGUGCCAUCGAUGAUACCUUCCGCCGUCUACAACCAUAUUUAGCCAUGGCUGAUGGAGAUCCUCGGAUCUCUCGAGGCGCUGGUUUGUCAUACCAGUCUUCAUUCUGGCUAUGGGCAUGUGUCAAAGCUGCGCUGAACAAGCAUUGGCUUCUUUCAUUGUUAACAUUGGGAAGCACACUAUCGCCUGUUUUUACAACCACCAUGUCUGCCCUGUUUGAUCGUGGACCAGGAGUGGUCACCCAGCCGAUCAGCUUUGAUCGCAGCCUUGAAAUCCGACAAAUCCCUUUUGUGUUUAGCACAGAACAGGCUUUCUACCCAGACACGUCUAACGACUACGCUGCGAACAUUCUCGCUGAUCUCUACAAAAACAUCUCCACUCAUUGGAUGUACACUGCAACGAUUCAACUGGCUCUUAACGGAUCCGAGCCGGCAUGGAGCAAGGAUAGCUGGAGCUUUGUGCCAGUUGACCUGCACACAGUCAGCAAUGUCGAGCUACCUAACGACCUCGAUGAGUCCGAUAAGGCUGCUUCGGGGGCUCCAUCAAAUGUCACUUUCAGCACGCCUGCCAUACGUGCCCGCAUUGAAUGUUCACAGUACCCGAUCGAAGCCCUGAUGAAUGUUUCCCAUUGGCUCACCCCCACGGAUCUGAGCAACUCUACGACGUGGAACCGGAGCACCAUCCCUCACGGUAUCCAGGGAGGUUAUGAGUUAGGUACACACUGGAUCUACAAUGAAAACCCCGGCGUCAUUCUCCCUCUGUCGGGGAACGAGACUAUAGCAACUUGCGAUGGUUGCACGACCGUCUUCGUCAACCCUAGCUCAAUCGCUUGCUGUGGAAAUUCCAGCAGUAGUGCCUGGGAUCCUAGCGUGGCUGUUGGAUAUUGGUCUCCUAAUACCAACUUGUCUACAUGGACAACUCGGGAUUGGCACCAGAAUUUUACAGUCAAAUGGAUCUAUGGAAAUGCUGUGACGGGCAUCCAUGCCAAUCCUGCAGGAGGUGAUGUCAACUUCACUGACAGCAUUCCGUUGCUGUUCCCCUCACCGCCGUCGAUUACCUUGAUGAAUUGCAGGCCCUGGGUUGAGUCUGCAAAUGCAGAUGUCACUGUGAACCCGGCGAAUGGGGAGAUUCAAUCAUUCAACAUUACCAGUCCACCCACGGAAUUAGUAGAGGCUUUCGCGGAUAACUUUUUACCUCAUAAUGGAACCCGCUUCAGUCAGGAGACGGGCAUGGUUUACUAUAAUGUAACAGCCAGCCUUGGCCGUCUCUUCAUGGCCUCCAUGCUCACAGCUGCUGACACGCUCCACAUCGGCGGCGCCGAGCACGUCGGAGGUUAUCACAGCGAGGACCUCAACGACAAUACCUACAACAUCCGCGACGAGAUCAACGGACUCAAUAUGGACUUCAUGAGUUACGCAAUGUACUCCAUGGCGAACAAGAACCCACAAGCCCUCCUCAACCCAGACCGAUACCUCACCCUAGCACAAAAAACAUUCAGCACCUUCUUCCAGCACUUCGUCAGCAACAACAUCUCCAUGGAAACCGGUGGCUGGGGCUAUCAGACGAUCAACGCCAGUCUACCAGAUACUCUAGGCCCCGUCGUCGAAAUAGUCAAUAAUUGGCUCCCGGGGACCAAGGCGACAGCUUAUCAGGAUGAUAUGCAUCCCAUCUCCCACACGAACCGAACAGUCGCAGCCCAAGUAUCUCAACGCGUCGAACUCCUCCAAAUGAACGCCGUCGCAGUCUGGCUUAGCGUCGCGAUAAUGGGCUGGCUUAUUCUGACGACUAUCAUCGUCACAAUUCUGCAAAAACGCUACUUUGGCCGACUAGUACGCAACGUCGAGUCUUUGGGAGACGUGCUGGUUCUUAUUGCUGGCAGUGCGAACUUGCUGCAAGUUGUACGCGAGAUCCAGGCUGGGCGACUUGCGCCGGAAGAUUAUGAACAUUUACGAACUCGGUUGGGUUGGUUUGUUGAUGAGGAUGGGGCGUUGAGGUGGGGAGUUGAGAUGGAAGAGGCGUUUAGGGAUGGGCCGGGUGUGCAGUGGGUUGCUGCGCCGUGUUUUUCAAAGAAAGGGACUAAUACGUGGGGUCUUUCGGAUGAGGAUGGGCGGUCGUAG